AUGUCAAAUACCAUCAAAUUUUCAUCGUUCUCAUCUGUUACUGCCAGUUCGAACCGCCAAUCGCGACUUAAAUGGAAGCAACAACGUGCGGUCGUUCGCGCGUCGACCAACAAAAACGAUGACGACGACGCUUCAAAAAAUGGAGAAGAGGAGGACAACAAUCAAGCGACGACGACGAGAGCGACGAGGACGACGACGCAGCGACAACCACCGCUAUUCGACGCGCAAAUACUUCAAUUGAAAUCGAACAUAUACGCGUUAGCGGCGACCACCAGUCGCGGCGCCGAAGCUUCCGCGGACGAAAAAGAAAAAAUGCAAAAGAAAAUAUCAGAGUUGAACAGAUUGAAUCCAACACCGAUGCCGGCACGAAGCGAAUUAAUCAACGGCCGGUGGGAAUUGGUGUACACGGAUACGUACGCGUUCAGAGCUUCACCUUUCUUUUGGCAACUCGGAAAGGCGUUGAAUGAGAAUGCGAAUUUGUUUUACGACGCGCACGCGCAUCAGACUUCGUUGUUUGGCGGCGGCGUCGGGAGAGUGAUUCAAGACAUUGAUACCAAUGAUAUGACAUUAACGAGCGAUUGCAUCGUCAAAGCGAGUGUCGGGAUCCCGUUCGUUGGAUUCGCGCCAAUUUUUAGCGGGUUUGGUUCUGUCAUCUCGAAAGCGAAUAUCAUCGGCGGCGGCGGGGAAGAGGCGAACGACAAAUUAUAUUGCGUGAUGGAGAGCACGACGAUUCGACAGGACGAUACGGAGGUGAUUCCGGCGUUGAAUUUUUUAAAUAACACCGUGGUUCCAGUCGGAGAGGUUUUUGAAAAUAUCGUAGGAGGCGGGACGCCACCACCGACGGUGGAGAUGAAGAUUUCAUACUUGGACGAAGAAACGAGAGUGUCGAGUUUAGAAGACGGCUCGAUACUCCUUUUCAAAAGAGUUGUUGCUUAA